UACUUCAUUCCUUUCAUUCAAUGUUGUUUGUUAUAUUUAUUGAUUUAGCGAAAGUUGUUUUUUUUCGUAAAAACAGUAAUACAGUGUUGUUUUGUGAAUUUUCUUUGAACUUUGAGUGAAAAAUGGGCAACAUACACACCGUGGGACCGAAUGAGGCACUAAUAGUUUCAGGAGGGUGCUUCGGCUCUACCACAAAGCGUACCAUCGUCGGCGGCUGGGCGUGGGCAUGGUGGCUCGUCACCGAUGUGCAGAGGAUCUCACUUGAGGUGAUGACCCUAAACCCUAUGUGCGAAUAUGUGGAAACGGCACAGGGCGUCCCGCUCACCGUCACCGGUGUGGCCCAGUGCAAGAUCAUGAACGAAGACGAGCUUCUCACGACUGCCUGCGAGCAGUUCCUGGGCAAGACUGUCAAAGAAAUCAAGAUGACGAUAUUACAGACCCUUGAGGGACAUCUCAGAGCCAUCCUUGGAACUCUUACAGUAGAAGAGGUGUACAAGGACAGAGAUCAGUUCGCGGGUCUAGUUCGCGAGGUGGCAGCACCGGACGUGGGGCGCAUGGGCAUCGAGAUCCUGUCGUUCACCAUCAAGGACGUGUACGAUGAUGUCCAGUACCUCGCCAGCUUGGGCAAGGCGCAGACGGCGGUCGUCAAGCGCGACGCAGACGUCGGAGUUGCGCAGGCCAACCGAGAUGCCGGCAUCAGGGAAGCGGAGUGCGAGAAGAGCGCGAUGGACGUGAAGUACUCGAUGGACACGAAGAUCGAGGACAACACGCGCCUGUUCAAGCUGCAGAAGGCGCAGUUCGACCAGGAGGUCAACACUGCGAAAGCGGAGGCGGCGCUGGCGUACGAGCUGCAAGCUGCGAAGAUAAAACAAAAGAUACGAAACGAGGAGAUACAGAUCGAAGUCGUUGAGAGACGCAAGCAGAUUGAGGUAGAACAACAGGAGAUCUUGCGUCGUGAAGAGGAGCUGAAGGCGAUGGUGCGUCUGCCGGCCGAGGCAGAGGCUUACCGUCUACAGGCCAUCGCUGAAGGAAAACGCACUCAAACUGUGGAAGGCGCGAAAGCAGACGCCGAGCGUAUCAAGGUGCUCGGUUUGGCCGAGGCCACCGCCAUCGGUGACGUGGGUAAGGCCGAUGCUGAGCGCAUGUUGGCCAAGGCUAAGGUCUACAAGCAGUAUGGAGACGCGGCCAUCAUGGCGCUUGUACUCGAAGCACUGCCUAAGAUCGCAGCAGAAGUAUCAGCGCCUCUCGCUAAGACGGACGAGAUCGUCCUGGUCGGAGACAGCGGUGCGACUGGCGAAGUGGCUCGGCUGGCUGGUGGUAUACCUCCGGCAUUGAAGACCCUCACGGGGCUGGACCUCAGCCAGGUGCUGAAGAGGCUGCACCCCAGCGGCGAUGGUCAGUAAUGUAGAUAGACUUACUUGACAUGCCGUACGCUUUGAGAUCAUAUGGCCGCGGGCACAAGUAAGAAGAAGACGCCAGAAGUUGCAGCAUGUUAAGAACCAAUCAGAAAGCAGGAUACCGAUGCAACGUAACGCUACGACCAAUAGCAACGCUGCGUGAACAAGCAGUCAGUGCCAUACAGUUACCGCUGAUGAUACAUGGUACAAUUUAUAGCCUUUGUAAGCAAUCAAGUGUAUUUUCAUGUACCUUACCUAUACAUAAGCUCAGAUCAAUAAAAAAUGAAAUAUUUACUUAAACUGCGGCGCGUAAAUUUACUUUUGGCCUUUCAAACAAUAAUCUACUUUGUUCUUUGACAUUAAAUACCUUUAUCGCGAAGCAAUAACAAAUUUUAUAUCUUUGGAGUUAUAUAAUGUAUUCUAUAUUAUAUUUAACAAGGGAUUAUUGUAUUUAAAAACUUCAUUCUGUUGCAAAUCUUAUGUACAGACGCGAGCACAUCAACCUAUACCUGUCUGUCUUUCUUAAUUCGAUUUUCAACUUUAUUACAAUACAAUAAAGUUCUAAAUCUGUUAAGAAAUUUGACAGUUUUAUCAAUCGUGUCUAUACAAUGCUCUGAUUGGCGAAAUGAUCAACCAAUCACAGUACAGAUCUGACAACAGAGUUUUUUAAUGAUCUGAAACCUAGGCUUUUACGUAUAAGUUAUGUAUUAAUUGUUUCAUUAAUGUAUUUUUAUCAAAUACUCAAUCUGAAGCAUAGAUAUAGAGAAUGGACUCGGAAAACCUCCACUAUUUGUAUUAUAUAGGAGAAGAGACAAUGAAUAUGUGGCCAAUGACUUUAUAAACUAUGCAUUCAGGUUCAUAUGUUACUAGCAGCUUGUGACAUUAAAGGUACGCGUCCAUAGGCCCACAUCGUACGCAUCGCACGCACCGCACGCAACGGAUUUUAUCCGCAUCGUACGCACCGCAUCAUCAGCAAUGCCUACAUGCGAUGCGUGCUGAUGACGUCAUACGGAAUGCGUACGAUGCGGGCCUGUGGACGUUUACCUUAAAACAGAAUUCUACAAACAAAAAAGACACUAGACGCAUAAUCGCUCUGUCUCUCUCACACCUUUUUACCUCAUUUACCUUGUAAAACGUUCUCUGUCCAAUCUCUUAAUUCUAUGGUCUGUUUAAAAUAUCAAUUCAAACUCCUGUUGUAAUAUUCUCGUUUAAAAAUCGAUGUGAGUUUUCAAAUUUCUACGUCAUAUUUGUAAUACUUACUGUCGUACUCAGAUAUAGUUAAUGAUUACUUAAACUACUCCAUUUUUGUGGGGAGAAAAUCAUCCAAUGACUUCUCUUGCCUUGGGUGAGGCGAGAGGGAGUGUCAGAUUCUUGCUGACCAAAAAUCACCACGUUCCUACUCCUACUUUUUGAACCGGAGCCCCGGUAACCCGCUAGGCAGUCCGCAGCUCCGGUACUUAAAAUAUUCCUUAAUAAAACAAUUUUGUUCCGAAAACAAUUACUAAGGACUGGGUUAAGUAGCUAUUGUAUGUCUCUGAGUGCAGCAGUUAAUAUAGAUAAAUGUGGAAUGCCUACUUAGUACAUAACUUGUAGUUUAAAUGUACCUAAAUAUCUACUCAUAGCGUGUUUACCGAAGAUGUAUAUUUUUCAAUAGAAUGACUACAGGUAAAAUUGUCUUAGAGAAUUUAGAUUUUGUACAACUGUGUAGGAACUUAUAUAUUAAGACAACGUGUUCUAAGGCACUGCCCUUUUCCGUAGAUUUUCAAAAUUUGUGUGAGUUACCGCCGUAUCAAACUUAUUUAUGAAUUGUACAAGUUUUGCUUAACGUAUAUUUCUGAUAUUUAAACUCAUUGUAAAGGAAACAGUUACACUUAAAUAGUUUUUAAUUUCUUUUUGUAAUCGAAUUGUGUGACAAUAUCGAUUUUUCAGCUUUGUAAGGAAUUUUAGUGGUUAUGUUCUUAAGAAUAGAGCUUGAAAUCCCACCAAUACUUACUUUGUUAAGUAAGGUUUUAAGGGUGCGAUUUAUUUUCGUGUGGUGUGCGUUUGUCCUGAAUUCCAAAGCAAUGGCAUUUUUUAAAAUUGACAUUUUGUAAUUUUUAAUUUUAAUUUUUACGUACAAACUUAAAGUUAAUGAAAUAAUUUAAUUUUUUGUUGUUUGGUAUAAUAUUUUGUUAUUCUCAUUUUUCUUUUUCGUUAUUUCGUACUACGUCUUGUGUUUAGAUUGUAUUCUAAUAUAUUUGCACAACAAAAUGGAUGUAUCCGAAAUAUUUUCUUUAUGGUAUUGAAUAAGCUAAAUGAUUAUUUUAAUAAAAAUAUGUGUAACAA